AUGGAAAUCACCCAUGAAAUGGAGCAAGCCACAGAGCUGGAAACCUUUAAAACAUUUCAACAUGCAGUUGGCCAUGUGAAUCUCCAUGGUUUCACAGACAUGAUUUAUUUUGCAGAUGAAAACAGAGACAUAGAAGAUGCAGUGAAAAUGAAAGCCACAACAGAGAGGCAAAUUUUGGCUGAAAGCCGGAAUGAAGGGAAUGACACCAAAGCUCUUAGAAGGAUCAGCCUGUGGAAAGCAAGCCAGAUGGAUGGCUGUAAGCUGAGUUGGCGAUCCUGGAUUGUGCAGGCACUGCAGAAGUCUGUGAAUAGUGCUGAUGUGGAUCAGGCCUGCAAGCCACAUACUUUGGAGAUUCGCCACACAAUUAUGCCUAAUGCCCAAAUUUCAUUCUUUAUUUUAGUUGUGGAGAAGUUUACUGAGAACGUUCGCUUUUGCCUCAUUUGCAACUACCUUAGCAAAAUCAUUCCUGCCAUUCAGUCCCGCUGUACCCGCUUCAGAUUUGGCCCGUUGUCUUCAGAACAGAUCCUUCCUCGCCUCAAUCAUGUCAUUGAGGAAGAAAGUGUUCCAGUGACAGAGGAUGGAAAGAAGGCACUGCUAGCCCUUUCAGGAGGGGACAUGCGGAAGGUUCUAAACAUUUUACAGUCCACUGCCAUGGCUUAUAAUGAGGUCUCUGAGGAUAAUGUGUACACCUGUGUUGGUCACCCACUUCGUUCAGAUAUCACGAACAUCAUCAACUGGAUGCUGAAUGAAGAUUUCCAGCUUGCCUACAAAAAUGUUUCUGAACUAAAAACUGCCAAAGGACUUGCAUUACAAGACAUCCUGACAGAGAUUCAUACCUACAUUCACAGAAUUGAUUUUCCAGUAGAAGUAAGAAUUCAUCUUGUGGAACGGUUAUCAGACAUUGAAGUGCGGCUGUGCUCUGGUGCAUCAGAAAAAAUACAGUUGUCUGCAGUUCUGGCUGCCUUUGCCCAAGCAAAACAUAUGGUAGCAACCCAGGCAACUGCUUAGAAAUGUGUGGUGUUACGUAAAUAUAACUUUUGUAACUGUCUUUGUGUUCUGUAUUGAGAAAAGGAUAUCAAAUAAAAUCAUAGUCUAGAA